GUCCCCAGGGUGUCCCUGGGGCGGGCACCCAGUGCCAGCAGCAGCUCUGGGGCCACGCUGGGGGUUGGCACUGCUGGCUUUGUCCCUGUGUCCCCAAGGAGCUGCCCAUGGCUCUGCCCUGAGCUCGGGGCACCAGGAGGAGGAGGCACCGCGGCUGCGGCAUGGGGGACCCUGAGGCGCUGGCGGUGCUGGAGGGGCGGGGCUUGCGCUUGGCCCCGCCCCCGCCGGGCCCCGCCCAGGCGGACCUCACGUGGCCGGAGGUCACGUGGCAGGAGAUCCUGUCCCUCAGCGAGCUGCAGGGCCUGGACAUGGCUGCAGACGCCCCGUUCGACCCCUCACCCUUCUGCCCCCUCCCUCCUCCUCCUCCCGCCGCCCCUCUCUGCACCUUCCCGGCGCCGUGUCCCGCCGCUCUCCCCGCUCCCCAUUUCCCAGCCCCUCUCCCGGGCCGCCCGGCGCCUGCGGCCUCCGCUCCCCGCCCGGCGCCGGCCUCGGCCUCGGCGCUGCCGCUGGGCCCCGACGCCAUCGUGAACCUGCCCGUGGAGGAUUUCAACGCGGCGCUGGGCCGGGCCAGGCUGUCGGGCCCGGAGCUCGCCCUGGCCCGGGACAUUCGCCGCCGGGGCAAGAACAAAGUGGCGGCUCAGAAAUGCCGCCGGAGGAAGCUGGAAGCGAUCGCGGGGCUGAGGGAGGAGCUGGAGAGGUUGGGAAGGGAACGGGAGCGGCUGCUGAGGGCCCGGGGCCAGGCGGAGCGGGCGCUGGGCGACCUGCGCAGGGACCUGGCCACCGUGUCGGCUCAGGUGCUGGGGGCGCUGAGGGCUGGGCCGGGGGGCGCCGGCACCCCCGAGGGGAUGGGGAGCGGGGCGGGGGGACUGUGA